AUGCACAACGCUUACUCCCCUCACCCGCCCACCCUCACCCGCCCACCCUCACCCGCCCACCCUCACCCGCCCACCCUCACCCGCCCACCCUCACCCGCCCACCCUCACCCGCCCACCCUCACCCGCCCACCCUCACCCGCCCACCCUCACCCGCCCACCCUCACGCGCCCACCCUCACCCGCCCACCCUCACCCGCCCACCCUCACCCGCCCACCCUCACCCGCCCACCCUCACCCGCCCACCCUCACGCGCCCACCCUCACCCGCCCACCCUCACCCGCCCACCCUCACCCGCCCACCCUCACGCGCCCACCCUCACCCGCCCACCCUCACCCGCCCACCCUCACCCGCCCACCCUCACCCGCCCACCCUCACCCGCCCACCCUCACCCGCCCACCGCUAUUCCUCACGAAGAGGGAUGAGAAGGAGGGAGGCAGGUAUGCGCUCGCCGCGCCACAAUUCCCCUUUGUUCCCGCGACGCUUCCAUUCCCUGCGCUUCACGCCUCCAUUUCUCCCGCCUCCCCUCCUGCUACCAUCCCCUCCCCCUCACGCUACGAUUCCCUCCCCCGCCACCAUUUUCUCCCCCUCACGCUAUCAUUCCCUCCCCCUCACGCUUCCAUUCUCUCCCCCUCGCUCUUCCAUUCCCAGACGCUCACGCCUCCAUUCCUUCCCCCUCACGCGUCCAGUCCCUCCCCCUCACGCCUCCCCAUACCUUCUCCUCACGCUUCAAUUCCUUCCCCCUCACGCUUCCAUUCCCUCCCCCUCACGCUUCCAUUCCCUCCUCUGCACGCUUUCAUUUCUCCUGCCUCCUCUCAUGCUUCCAUUCCAUCCCCCUCACGAUAACCCUCCCUCCCCUUCCAUUCCCUUUUCGAUGAAAUCAUCAUUUCUCCCAUCCCUUCCAAUCCAGAACCCAUUUCCUUCCCUUCCCUUCCCUUCCUUUUAUAUCCCUGCCCUUCCCUUCCCUUCCAGUCCUAUCCCUUCCCGUCCCAUCCCCUGCUUACCCAGCCAUUCCCUUCCCAUCUCUCCGUUCCAGUCCCUUCCCUUGCUUCAGGUGCACCUACCUUCACUACGCCUCCUUCUCUUCCUUUCCCUUCCAUUGCUUCGGGUCACGCGAGUUCGCCGCGCCACAAUCCUCCUUUGUUCCCGCCACGCUUCCAUUCCCCGCGCGUCACGCCUCCAUUUCUCCCGCCUCCCCUCACGCUUCCAUUCCAUCCCCCUCACAAUAACCCUCCCUCCUCUUCCGUUCCCUUUUCAAUUCCUAUCCCUUCCCGUCCCAUCCCCUGCUUACCCUGCCAUUACCAUCCCAUCCUCUCCGUUCCAGUCCCUUCCCUUGCUUCGGGUGCCCUUACCUUCACUACGUCUCCUUCCCUUCCUUUCCCUUCCCUUGCUUCGGGUCAUGCGAGGUCGCCGCGCCACAAUUCCCCUUUGUUCCGACCACGCUUCCAAUCCCCGCGUGUCACGCUGUCAGAUUUAUAUGACAUAG